AUGUCUAGCAAUCUACUCCGAACGAAUUUCGGGCAUUACCCAUUCAUCAACAAUGCAUAUACGAGAUUCAGAUACUGGGGUAUUGUUCGCUGGGUGGUUGAUCUUGCAAUCUUAGGCUUUGCAAUCCCCGUUCUUGCCAGAAACCCGGGCCACGACCUUCUGAUCGCGUCCGCCUACUCUGUCGGCGCCGCCGGCUUAUGUGUGGUGCUAUUUGUACCUCUGAUUGGGCCGCGAUCGCAAUCCGACCCGCGACCUUCAGCCUGGGUUAUGCCUGCACUGGCCAUAACGCAGGUGGCACUCAUUCCAGCGGCGGCACUCUUGAUCAAGGGCUAUAGCAGCCGUGACGGACGCUACUCGCGACGGGAUCUCUCUGCUGGCUCGGAAGGCUUGGACAAGCGGAUAUAUAUCAGCCACGGCAGCUUCAGCGGGAGCCUUGAACAGCGAUUGGCGCUGGUUGGUGGUUGCUGCUGCAUCGCAUCUGUAGUCGCCGGCAUUGCUCAGCUUUAUUACCUUUGGAGGAUUCAUAGCCAGGCACGUAACGAAAAGAUGAUGGCAAAUGGGACGAUUGAGACGGUGGAAUAA